AUGAGGUCUCAGAUGCAUCGUCCUCUUUUCUGUCGUAUUCUCUCUGCUGUAGAAGUUUAUAAUCCGUACUUUGUCCAGUCAAGAAAUUGUGCUGGAACACUCGGUUUGUCUUCCCUUCAAAAGAUAACUCCCGCAUUUAGAAUGCUCUCUUAUGGAGUACCAGCUGAUUAUGUGGAUGAAUAUGUGCAGAUUGGAGAAACCAUCGCAAUAGAAUCUCUACAAAAUUUUGUUGAAGUGGUGGUUUCAAUUGACUCAAACACUUACUUAAGAUCUCCAAACAACGAUGAUGUUGAUAGAUUGCUAGAAGUUGGCGAAAGCCGUGGUUUUCCAAGAAUGCUAAGAAGUAUUGAUUGCAUGCACUGGCAAUGGAAGAAUUGCCCAGCUGCAUGGAAAGGUAUGUUCUUAGGUCAUCGACAUGAACCAACAAUGAUUUUGGAAGCAGUGGCUUCACAAGAUCUAUGGAUAUGGCAUGCAGUUUUUGGGUUAUCGGGUUCUCACAAUGACAUCAAUGUUUUAGAACAGUCAUCUGUAUUUUUUGAGUUUGUUGAAGAGCAUGCUCCUCCAGCCAAUUACUUAAUCAAUGAUCAUAACUACAAAAUGGGAUACUAUCUUGCUGAUGGUAUAUAUCCGCAGUAG